AUGCCACCCGAUCAAAUCCAAAUUAACCUGCAGUCAUUUCCGGUUGUGCCGCCUGCGGGUUCCCGUCACCAUGUCGACUCGGAACCUCCUGUAGCUCAUCCCGGAUCCACCGACUUGAACGGCUUCACUAUCGGCGCCAUGCAGGACGGUCUCCCCAGCUCUGGGGCGCCGCACAGCCUGAUGGAAGCCCCCGAGUUUCCCGAUUUCACUUUCACGUACCAGGACCUGGCAGAGGGGCCCCAGAUGACGGGGCUGGAGGAUCACGGCGCCGACUUGUUUGCCAACUCAGGUGGAGGUUCAAUCUCAUCGCUUGGUGACCGGAAAGACUCUAUAGCAUCUGGUCCCAACUACGCAAUGAAUGACCAGACUGCAAAGUCGCAAACUCACGACGGGUCUGAUGAUGGUUCUCCAGACAGCAACCAGCAAGGCGCUAAUUCUCUCGAGGACAACAUGUCUGACGAGUUUGGGCUGUCAAAUGCUCCCCGAGGCGAAGGCGCUGACCAUGGCGCCCAACUCAGAGAGUCAAAGGCCGACACAAUACCGGCUUGGAGUGACCUGAAGACGAAGGCAGGAAAGGAACGAAAACGUUUGCCUCUGGCUUGUAUCGUGUGUCGACGCAAGAAAAUACGCUGCUCCGGAGAGAAGCCGUCAUGCAAGCACUGCAUGCGAUCCCGCAUCCCCUGUGUAUACAAGGUCACCACACGCAAAGCUGCCCCACGCACGGAUUACAUGGCCAUGCUAGAUAAGCGGCUGAAGAGAAUGGAGGAUCGUAUUAUCAAGAUCGUUCCCAAGUCAGAGCAGGACCCGGCGGCGGCAAACGUUGUCCGGGCGCAGGUCAAACCCCAGAUUCCCAGCUCAGCCCCGACCGCGAAGCAGGGCGCAAAGAAACGUGCGGCCGAUGAGGCCUUCGGUGCAGAUUUGGACAGUUGGGCGAGGCACCCGCAGAAGGCGAAACCGGAGGAUUCUAAUAAACCAGCAUCGUUGCAAGUUCAGGAACGGGAAGACGGCAAACUGCUAAAUGAGGGACGGGAAGCGCUCCCUUCCAUGGAAAUCCAGACGCACUUGGCGGACGUGUUUUUCGAAAACAUAUAUGGCCAAGCUUACCACCUCUUGCACAAGCCAAGUUACAUGAGGAAGCUGAAAGCCGAUGCCUUGCCACCUGUCCUGGUGCUUUCUGUCUGCGCGGUCUCUGCGCGUUUCUCGAGCCAUCCUAUUUUCACCAACAAACCUCAUUUUCUGCGCGGCGAAGAAUGGGCGGCACACGCACGCGAUAUUGUCACAAGGCGGUACGAAUGGCCAAACAUCACCAUCUUAACCUGUCUGCUUAUCCUUGGGCUUCACGAAUUUGGCACAUGUCACGGAGGGAGGAGCUGGUCGUUGGGCGGCCAGGCCAUCAGAAUGGCAUUUGCCCUACAGUUGCACAAAGACCUGGAAUACGAUCCGACGAGACCGAGCCCGGAUACCCGCCUCAGCUUCAUUGACCGGGAGAUCCGACGGAGGACCAUGUGGGCGUGCUUUUUGAUGGAUCGAUUUAAUUCCUCCGGAACGGAUCGUCCGAUGUUUAUCAAAGAGGAGACCAUCAGAAUUCAACUCCCCAUCAAGGAAAAGUUAUUUCAGCUUGACAUGCCGGGUCCUACCGAGGAUCUCGAUGGCAAAGUGCCGCACCCCGUACCCGAGGACGAAGGACAAUUGUCGAGUGCCAAGGAUAACAUGGGAGUCGCGGCUUACAUGAUCAAAUCGAUUGCAUUAUGGGGCAAGAUCAUCAACUUCUUGAACCAGGGCGGGAAGGACGCUGACCGUCAUGCCAUGUGGGAUACUAGCUCGGAAUACACGACUUUACUGCAGCAGGCCGAGGACUUUGCAGGAGGGCUCCCAGCUGGGCUGAAAUACACAUCGGAAAACUUACACUUACAUGAUACGGAAGGAAUGGCCAACCAGUUUCUCUUCUUGCACAUUUCGAUCCAGCAGAACAUCCUGUUCAUGAACCGCUUCGCAGUCUCGUCUCCGGCCGGCCUGUCCCAAACCGAUGUCCCCAGUGCUUUUGUGACAAAAGCUGGUGCCAAGGCGUUUGCUGCUGCAAACAGGAUUUCGGACCUCCUGAGAGACGCAGACUCAUACCUCAUAGCUGCGCCAUUUGUGGGUUACUGCGCCUUUCUCUCCGGCACCGUUCACAUCUUUGGGAUUUUCUCGGGCAAUGCGGCCGUAGAACAAUCGUCAAAGAGAAAUCUGGCAACAAAUGUCAAGUUUCUCCAGAAAAUGAAACGACACUGGGGGAUGUUCCAUUUCAUGUCGGAAAAUUUAAGGGACCAGUACCGGACCUGUGCAGACGCCGCACAAAGAGGGUCGCUGGCGGCAGACACCGCGAGCGUCUCCCCCAUAUUCCAAUAUGGCGAUUGGUUUGAUCGCUACCCGCACGGCGUCUCACAGUCUGAUUUCCUCGACCCGGCAUCUGCCAAGAAGAAGGAAACUGGCGGUGAUGCCGUGCUCGAGCAGAAGCCAGAAACCUAUACUGUUGAGGAGUUCUUCAAUAGUCUGUCGCCACCACAGAGCUCUGAAGGCCGCGAUGCUGCUGGGGGGCCGAAUCGAGCAACAGCAGCCAAACGUAAGUCUUUCGCCGGGCCUAGCAAGAAGGGCAGUGUGCCCUCUCGUACUGGCGGAACACAACAUCUCGAGCCUCUCUUGACCGAUCUCCCGUCGUCUUUACCGGAGCAUAUCCAGCAGCGUAUUCAGGCCCAGCGCCAGCAAUACGCAUCCCGCUUAGGCGGACAAACAAGUGGGCCGACCUCUCUGCACCCUCACAUCUCGCGUAACAUGCGCAACUCACAACUGAAUGCAGGAGCCGCUUCCGCAAACGCAGCCUACCACGCGUUGUCGCCGAUUAGCCCCGUCACUCAUGGUCUCGGCCACCAGUUUGGCGCUGGCCACCAUGCCCAUGGGGCCCAAGGUGCCGGGCACCCGGGUUUCUACAACAACCCCGACCUCGUCGCCCUCGGGCUCACGAACAACGCGGGAAUGCUCCCGCAGCUUGACCGCCAGUUAGUAUUCAACGCAUAUGGCGGCAUAGAUCCGACCACCAUCAGUGGACCAGAGGGUAUGAUAGACUGGGAUGCGUUGGCUGGUGCCAAUCGAGGUGGUAAUACGGGUGCUCCUGCGCGGGACACCCCAGCGGACGGGCUACCCGCGGGGUUCGGGUCCGAGCCCUCGAGUGCUUGGUUUAUGCCAUUCAAUCUGGAGGCCCCGGAGCUUGGACAAGAGCUCAACGCUGGCAGCAUGAGCGCUGUUGACGGCUUCGGUGUGUUCAGCCCUGGAGGCAUGGGGACGCCAACCCCAGGCGGCCUGGGCCUGCGCCGAGGUUCUCAUCGAUAA